GGUUAGCAGUCGCUGCUGCGCGGCCGACGGCUGGAUUGAGCUGGGGGAGACGCGGGGACCAGGUGGCAGCGGCUCGGACAUCGGAGCUGCCCCUCCCGAAGACGGGCCCAUAAGUCAGAUAAUCGGUAUGCGUUUCCAAGGCUUUCGGCUAUGUUUGGGUCUUCUUUUCAUCUCAAUUAAUGCAGAAUUUAUGGAUGAUAGUGUUGAGAUGGAAGACUUUGAUGAAAAUUCAGAAGAGACUGAUGAAAAUGAACUCUCCUCAGAGAUUAAAUAUAAGACACCUCAGCCUGUAGGAGAAGUGUAUUUUACAGAAACUUUUGAUAGUGGAAAGCUGGCUGGGUGGGUAUUAUCAAAAGCAAAGAAAGAUGAUACAGAUGCGGAGAUUUCUAUAUACGAUGGAAGAUGGGAAAUAGAAGAAUUGAAAGAAAAUCGAAUACCUGGUGAUCGAGGACUGGUAUUGAAAUCUAGGGCAAAGCAUCAUGCAAUAUCUGCUGUGUUAGCAAAACCCUUCAUCUUUGCUGAUAAACCUCUGGUAGUUCAAUAUGAAGUAAAUUUUCAAGAUGGUAUUGAUUGUGGAGGUGCAUACAUUAAACUCCUAGCAGACACUGAUGGUUUGAAUCUGGAAAAUUUCUAUGAUAAAACAUCUUAUACCAUUAUGUUUGGACCAGAUAAAUGUGGAGAAGAUUAUAAACUUCAUUUUAUCUUCAGACAUAAACAUCCCAAAACUGGAGUUUUUGAAGAAAAACAUGCCAAACCUCCAGAUGUAGACCUUAAAAGGUUCUUUACAGACAGGAAGACUCAUCUUUAUACCCUUGUGAUGAAUCCAGAUGACACAUUUGAAAUAUUAAUUGAUCAGAUAGUUGUAAACAAAGGAAGCCUACUAGAGGAUGUGGUUCCUCCUAUCAAUCCUCCCAAGGAAAUUGAAGACCCCAGUGAUAAAAAACCUGAUGAUUGGGAUGAAAGAGCAAAAAUCCCUGAUGCUUCUGCUGUCAAACCAGAAGACUGGGAUGAAAGUGAACCUGCCCAAAUAGAAGAUUCAAGUGCUGUUAAACCUGAUGGCUGGCUUGAUAAUGAACCAAAAUUUAUUCCCGAUCCUAAUGCUGAAAAACCCCUUGAUUGGAAUGAAGAUAUGGAUGGAGAAUGGGAGGCGCCUCAUAUUUCUAACCCAGCAUGUCGGAUUGGGUGUGGUGAGUGGAGCCCUCCCAUGAUAAAUAACCCGAAAUACAAAGGAAUAUGGAGACCGCCAAUGAUAGAUAACCCUAACUACCAGGUAAUCACCACUUUUUCCCAUCCCAUAGUAAACUUUCUAAAACGCUGUGCUCUUUUAUACAUCUAGUUAUUAAUGUUAUAU